ACACACGACAGGAAUGAGGCCGGAGACGCUGCUUCCUCCGACCUUCAGCCUGAGCGGCCUUGGGGCUCAGUGCCUCACAGCCUCCCUCCGCUCAGCCCGGCCCCUUAGCGCCCGGUCCUGAGCCCCACGUCUGAGCGGCGCUGCCCAAGCAGUGACGGCCCGGGAACUGCAAGGAAGCGCCCACUCGCGCAGCAGGUACUGCUCGGCCAUGACCACGGCGUGGUACCGGCCCACGUGGGACCUGGCCCUGGACCCGCUGGUGUCAUGCAAGCUGUGCCUCGGCGAGUACCCAGUGGAGCAGAUGACCACCCUGGCCCAGUGCCGCUGCGUCUUCUGCACGCUGGUGGGUGCCGGCCCUUCCGCGGGGGGCGUCAGGGUUUGCUUUCGUGUCUGCAGACCACACCCUUUUUUGGUAAUAUCCUACAUUAUAAAGGGUUCCAUGCUGCUUGUCACGCCCCUGGUCCAUGUGUUUUUCCUCCCUCAGAUCGAGUGCAUGGUUGCGGCUGAAAUUAUGCAAAGAUAUAAAAAGCUACAAUUUGAAAGAGAGGUGCUGCUGGACCCCUGUCGGACCUGGUGCCCGGUGUCCACCUGCCAGGCCGUGUGCCAGCUCCCGGAGAUGGGGCUGCCAACACCCCAGCCGGUGCAGUGCAAGGCCUGCGCCACGGAAUUCUGCUCCGCCUGCAAGGCCAGCUGGCACCCGGGCCAGGGCUGCCCGGAGACCAUGCCCAUCACCUUCCUUCCCGGGGACACCAGUUCGGGGUUCAGGCUGGAGGAGGACGAUGCGCCCAUCAAACGCUGCCCCAAGUGCAAGGUCUACAUCGAGCGGGACGAAGGCUGCGCCCAGAUGAUGUGCAAGAACUGCAAGCACGCCUUCUGCUGGUACUGCCUGGAGUCCCUGGACGACGACUUCCUCCUCAUCCACUACGACAAGGGGCCCUGCAGGAACAAGCUGGGCCACUCCAGGGCCUCCGUGAUCUGGCAUCGGACACAGGUCGUGGGCAUUUUUGCUGGAUUUGGGCUCCUGCUCUUGGUGGCCUCGCCCUUCCUGCUCCUGGCCACCCCCUUUGUACUUUGCUGCAAGUGCAAGUGCAGCAAAGGCGACGACGACCCGUUACCCACCUAGAGGAGGGCACGACCCAGGAGCGAGACCCCUGCCUCCGGGAGGCCGGACUCUCCCCCCGCCCCCUCCCCCUCUCACUAAACAUCCUUCUUGCCUUA